UACUUUCAUAUUAAUCUGCAACUGAUCUGUAGGAAACUAAAAUAACUUAUGGUUAAUUUAUUAUCCAAUCAGAAACGUAGUCAUUUAAUCUAACUUCUCUACCCACAUGGAAAACUAACUUCUCUAUACACAGAACAACGAUGGUUUCCAUUAUCCAACCCAUGGAAAACUAACUUCUCUACAGACACUUAACUACACAACCAAACAUGAAGAACAAAGAUGAAAAUACAAAGAAGAGAAAAACAAAUCAUCAACCUAUAUUUCUUUCUCCAUCGAAUUCUAAAUCUUCUGAUCAAACAUCAGUGUUGAGAGAUGUUACUAAUCUAAAUUCAACACUACCAAGUUCUGGGAUUACCCAGAAUUUUACUCAUCCAUCGACUGCUUUGAGUUCAUCAAAUCCAUAUUAUGACAAAGCUAAAGGAAAGCAGCCUCAGUGUUCUAAGAGAUUUCGAACUACUGGUGGUGAUUAUAACAUUCAACCUAGGGAUCUUUUACCAGCAUUCUCCAAGUUAGACAGCUUUACCACUUCUCAACACAACGAGUCAGAAGAAGAAAGUGACUUUCAAUCAUCUGUUAUCCCCUAUUUUUCUGAGGAAGGUGAGGAUUAUAGUGAUCAGAGUUAUUACAGUGAUCAGAGCUAUGAUGUCAGUAGUGAAGAUGGUGAUUCAUAUGAACAAACAUAUGAUAACAUUGAAGGAUUAACAGCGAUUUCAAAUCCUAUACAAGAUGCACAGAGAGAGAGGAUUUUGACAAUGGCUGAUAUAUUUAGAAACAUGUUCGAAGGCACUCCAUCCUCAUCUACUACACCUUCAAUGGCUACACUAAAGACUACAGAGUACAUAGAUGAGGGUGAUCCUACUCACAAAUGUGACUACUGUGGUGCGAAAAUGUGGUUUGGUGAACGUGUUGAUAAGAGAAACAAGUGCAAGAAACCCAAAUUUUCUAUGUGUUGUGGACAAGGUCAAGUACAGUUGCCAUUACUUAAGGAAUCACCAGAUAUCUUGAAAAGAUUGCUACAUGGUGAUGAUGAGAUCAGCAAUUAUUUUCGAGAAAAUAUAAGGCAGCUUAAUAUGGUCUUUUCUUUUACAUCUCUUGGGGGUAAAGUGGAUAGAUGUGUUCCUCAAGGACGUGGACCAAAGAUGUUUCAACUUCAAGGAGAAAACUAUCAUUUAAUGGGUAGUUUAAAGCCUCCAGCUGGAGGAGAACCCAAGUUUUCUCAACUCUACAUUGUUGACACAGAAACCGAAAUUGAAAAACGAGCUUCUAUUAUAGGGAAAUACAAGAAAAAGGCUGAUAAGGCUAAAAAGGAGAAACUGAGAAAGAUAGUCAUUGAGAUGAUAAUUGAGAUGCUAAACCAAGUAAAUCCUUAUGUUCAUCAGUUCCGUUCAGCACGAGAGCGGUUCAAUACUAAUCCUGAAACUACGUUUCAUAUGAGGAUUGUUAGCAGUAGAGAAAAAGAUGGAAGGACAUAUGAUACUCCUACUGCAUCUGAAGUUGCUGCAUUAAUUCCUGGUGAUUUCAAUUUGGAAAUGGAUAAAAGAGACAUUGUUCUGGAAGAGAAGCAGACAGGAUGGCUUAAACGGAUUAGCGAAAUACAUCCUUCCUACCUAGCACUCCAAUAUCCUCUUAUAUUUGCAUAUGGCGAAGAUGGGUUCAGACUUGGGAUUCAGAAAGGAGUUACAGAUGCUUCAGCUAAACUAAAGAGGAGAAAUAUCUCUUUGAGACAGUGGUAUGCGUAUAGAAUUCAGGAAAGGGAUGGGGAAUCUCAUACACUUUUGCACUCUAAAAGGCUGUUCCAACAGUUUUUGGUCGAUGGUUAUACAACUAUUGAAGCAAAUCGGUUGAGCUAUUUGAGGAUGAACCAGAAAACUCUUAGAUCAGACACCUUUGAGUCUAUUCAGCAGUCUGAAAAUAAUGGGAAUACAGAUAUGUCUGAGCAAGGGAGCCGCUUUUUGCUACCAGCCACGUUCGUUGGAGGGCCAAGAUACAUGAAGAAUUUGUAUUUGGAUGCAAUGGCUAUAUGCAAAUAUUAUGGAUUUCCCGAUCUGUUUAUAACUUUCACAUGCAACCCUAAAUGGCCUGAAAUCACAAGGUAUGUUCAACCACGAAAGCUCAGUCCUGAUGACAGACCAGAGAUCCUAUGCAGAGUUUUUAAGAUUAAACUGGAUAGGCUUAUGAUCGAUUUAACAGAAAAACGUCUACUUGGAAGGGUUGUCGCAUCAAUGUACACAGUUGAAUUUCAGAAACGUGGUCUGCCACAUGCUCAUAUUCUGCUGUUCUUGCAUCCCAACUCUAAACUACCUAAACCGGAGGACAUAGACAGAAUCAUCUCAGCAGAAAUACCAGAUAAAAACAAUGACCCAGAGUUGUUUGAAGUGGUAAAGGAUAUGAUGAUUCAUGGGCCUUGUGGGGCAGUUAACAUGAACUCGCCAUGCAUGGAAAAUGGUAAAUGUUCAAAGCUCUAUCCUAAAGAUUUUGUGGAGGAAACUUCUGUGAACAGAGAAGGAUUUCCUGUUUAUAGAAGGCGUGAACAGCCUGGUUGCUUUGUUGAGAAAAAUGGCUUCAAAUGCGACAACAGAUAUGUUAUUCCGUAUAACAAGAAAUUAUCUGUUCGUUAUCGAGCUCAUAUUAAUGUUGAAUGGUGUAAUCAGACUGGUUCUAUUAAAUACUUAUUCAAGUAUAUAAACAAAGGCCAGGAUCGUUGCACUGUUGCUGUUGAGCCAUCAGAAAAAGGAAGAAGAAAACAAAAGGGCGUGAAAGAUGGAUCUACUGAAGUUGAAAAAAAAAAUGAGAUAAAAAACUUUUUCAACUGCAGAUAUGUUUCAGCUUGUGAAGGGGCAUGGAGGACUUUAAGUUUCCCUAUUCACUAUCGAUCAGUACCCGUUGAGAGAAUGCAAUUUCACCUACCAGGGAAGCAGAUUAUUAUUUUCAAAGAUGAUGACACUUAUGAAACAGUCACCAGUCGCGAGCUUAUUGAAAAUACUAUGUUCACUGGUUGGUUUGAACUGAACAAGGUUAGUGCUGUUGCCAGAAGACUGACUUUAGCAGAAAUUCCAACAAUGUUCACUUGGAAUAAGAAGGAAAAGAAGUUUCAUGACAGAAAGAGGGGGUUCAGUAUUGGUAGGAUCAAUUAUGCCCCAAGAAAGAUUGAAGAAGCUUUCUAUUUGCGUGUUCUACUAAACAUUGUUAGAGGUCCAACGUGUUUUGAGGAGGUUCGAACCUUUAACAAUGUUGAGUAUCCUUCAUUUAAGAAGGCGUGUUUUGCAAGAGGGUUAAUGGACGACGAUAAAGAGUUUAUUGAUAACAUUUUGCGGACGAGUUUCACUGAAACAGCUGCACAUUUGCGUCACACCUUUGUUAUCAUUCUGAUGUCUGGGACUUUAUCUGCGCCAGAGGUUGUUUGGAACAAUACAUGGGAGGUUCUAUGUGAUGAUAUUGAGUAUAAACGGAGAAAGCAACUAAACAGACCAGAUCUUUGCUUAAGUGAUGAUGAAAAACAACAAUUUGCUCUUCUUGAGAUUGAAAAGAUUUUAAAGAGCAAUGGAUUUUCUUUAGAGCAGUGGGAAUCUAUGCCAAAGCCAGCUCCAGAUAUAGUUGGGAAUGACAAUGUGUUGAUUGUAGAUGAGUUGAGUUAUGAUAGGGAGAAGCUACAAGCAGAGCAUGACCGAGACGUUGGUAAACUCACAGAGGAGCAAAGAAAUAUAUAUGGAGAAAUUGUUGAUGCUGUCGUAAAUGAUAAAGGAGGUGUCUUCUUUGUUUAUGGAUUUGGAGGAACUGGUAAAACCUUCCUGUGGCGAUUGUUGUCUGCAGCCAUUAGAUGCAGGGGAGAAAUUUGCUUGAACACUGCAUCAAGUGGGAUAGCUUCUCUUUUGUUACAAGGAGGAAGGACAGCUCAUUCAAGGUUUGGAAUACCAAUAAACCCAGAUGAGUUUUCUACUUGCACACUUAUUCCAGGAAGUGAUCAAGCUAAUUUGGUGAAAGCUGCUUCUCUAAUCAUAUGGGAUGAAGCACCAAUGAUGAGCAGACACUGUUUUGAGUCUUUGGACAGGAGUAUGAAAGACAUUUUGGGGAACAAGGACACCAGGCCUUUUGGUGGAAAGGUGGUUGUGUUUGGAGGCGAUUUCAGACAGAUAUUGCCUGUCAUACAUGGUGGUGGACGAACAGAAAUUGUUAUGGAGUCUCUUAAUAUGUCAUAUUUAUGGAAUCAUGUCAAGGUUAUGAAGCUAACCAAGAAUAUGAGGUUACUUUCUGAAAAUCUGUCUGCUGAAGAAGCUAAGGAAUUAAAGGAAUUUUCAGAGUGGAUUCUAGAUGUUGGAGAUGGAAAGCUAGGAGGAGAUAAUGAUGGAGAAGUUGUAAUCAGUAUCCCAGAGGAGUUUCUUAUUACUGAUGGAGAUGAUCCAAUUGAAUCAAUUAGCAAAGCAGUGUAUGGGGAUGUUGUUUCCUUACAACAGAAUAGAGAGCCUAAGUUUUUCCAAGAAAGAGCAAUUCUAUGUCCCACCAAUGAAGAUGUCAAUAGGAUUAACCAGCAUAUGUUGGAUAAACUACCAGGAGAAGAAAGAAUUUAUUUAAGCUCUGACUCGAUUGAUGCUUCUGAUAGAUUUUCCCGAGCAGAUCAGGCUCUAACUCCCGAUUUCUUAAACACCAUCAAGGUUUCUGGUCUGCCUAAUCAUAGUAUUCGCUUGAAAGUCGGAUGUCCGGUGAUGUUGCUUCGAAAUAUCGACCAUACAAACGGCUUGAUGAAUGGCACCAGACUUCAGAUUACAGAGAUGGAUGAUUUAAUGGUAAAGGCGAAAGUCAUCACAGGAGAAAAGGUGGGAAAAACUGUGGACAUUCCUAGACUUUCUAUUACACCUUCUGAUAAAAAAUUGCCUUUCAAGAUGAGGAGGAGGCAACUGCCUAUUGCAGUGGCUUUUGCAAUUACCAUUAACAAGAGUCAAGGUCAAUCUCUAUCUCAUGUUGGUUUGUAUCUACCUAGAGAUGUAUUUUCUCAUGGGCAACUAUAUGUGGCUGUUUCAAGAGUAACAUCAAAGAAUGGAUUGAAGAUUUUGGUUGUUGAUGAUCAAGGAAAGCCUAAGCGUGAGACAAAGAAUGUUGUUUUCAAAGAGAUCUUUCAGAAUCUCUAAUUUAAUAGUUUAGUUUGCUGUGUUUUUUAGAGAUUUGAACUUAUUACACUUAUUUUCAAACAAUGUAGUUAUUUGCAAUCGUUGGAUGUUCUAUUUUGUCUCUCUAAUUGAUUCAUACAAGCAAAUGAAUUAACAAACGUGCAAGCAAACGAAAUUUGAUCUAUUAACCUAAAUAGAAGCACACAGUAGACAAUCAAGUUAACAUUAUUCAACAUA